AAUUUAUACUUGUAUAUAGCUUGUGAGUUGUGAAUUAGUACUGCUUUUGGAAAAUAUAAAGGCCACCUAUUUUAGAAAGGAAAAAAAAAAAAAAAAAAACCAGAUAUUUCGUUGUCCGGAACCAAAUUCGGGUAGUUCCAACCCGAAAACACAAUCCCAAAGUCCGAAUUUCCCAAACUCAACUUCAAUUUCAACUUCAGUCUCUCUAGAAAGAAAGCUUAAGGGGUGCGACUGUGAAUGCAGAGGUUUUGCUGGGGUUUAACCAUUCAAGCUCUACUGCCGACGAAGGUCUCUCUUUAACACCCACCUUUGAAAUCAAAGGAAUUGCAUAUCUUCAGCUUAGGGUAUAUAGUAGUUGGGAAAGAUGUUUAGGGUUUAUGUUAGUAAAAGAUUAACCAGCUCUGAUACUACUAUUGGGAACUUAAGCCACCAAUUUAUGCAACGAUGUUCUGUGAGUGGAACUGCAAAAGGUAAAGGAAAGGUCAAGGCUGCGCAGGAAUUGAAGAAGAAAUCUAAGAAGGCGCCGAAGAAAGGAGCAGUAGCAGACACUGGAGGGGGCCGUAAGUCCGGGUUGGCUGCUGAACUUGAAGAGAUGGCCAAAAAGUGCUUGAAUUCUCCAACUCCAAUAAGGUUUUUGAAGCCUAAAGAGAGGGCGCGUGAGGCGGCUCGUGAGAAAUUAGGGCUUAUUAGUAAGGAGCGCCAAAGGGAGAUGGAGAUAUUGAAGAAACAAGCCAAAGAAGGAACUGGUUUUGAGAAGCCAUCAAUGAUGGGUACCCCGGGUUUGGAUUUGAUUUCCUUGGGUAUAGUUGAUGCUGAUGCUAUUCCAAAGUAUGAGCUGACAGUUGAAGAUGGUCGUCGACUUGCUAAAGAGUAUAGUAGGGUUUUGAUGAGAAGGCAUCGUGCGAGGCAGAAGGCAGAGACUACGCUUCUGAGAUUGAAGAAAGAGGCGAUUGAGGCUUUGCCUGAACCUUUGAAAGCAGCAGCUUUGGUCCCUGAUAUGGCUCCAUUCCCUGCAAAUCGGUUUAUGGCUACACUGACACCACCAAUUGAAGGGUAUAUUGACAAAAUUAGGGAGGCGGCUGAAAGGACAUCUGGGAAGGCAAAGCUCAGAUGAUUUUUGUUCAGAUCUUUGUAUUUCAGAUUCCGACAAAAUGGAGCCUCAGACUAUUGCUUGAGGCGAGCAUAAAGAGUGUAUCUGGCUUACAACAACGGAGUUUCAAAUUGAAUAACUUGGUUCUUAUUAGGGAUAGACCAUUCAUCCUUUCAUUUAGAUAAUAUUGUUCUAUCACACAGCUUUUGUGGUGCUCAGCAUGCUGCGUUUUCAUCGCAAACCUUUGUUUCCCUUGCCUUUAUUUGUUACUAGUAUACUAGAGUAAGAUUAUUUAUUUUUCAAUUAUUUUUUCUAUAAGAGGUAAGAACAACAUUUGAUGGUUACUUGUCAAAGUAGUACCUCAGCUAAUACUCCCUAUUAAUUUGAAUUUUGCAGUCCCCUCUCCA